AUGCUUGUGCUGACAAAUGGACUCAGGGAAAUGCAUAAAAUUAGAAUCAAAGUUGUACCGAAUGAAAGUUGGUAUGCGGCCAAAGCAAAGCCGCAUACACGAGAACUUCGUGCUUUUAUUGUAAGUUUUUCCUCACUCGUAUUCAAGAUGUUAAUAGACCGACAAAGGAUCGCUGUUGCCGAGAACAUCAGUGA